AUGGCUUGGGAACUGUUGCAGACCUUUAGGGCGAGAAUUACAACAGUUCAAGCACUCAAAUCGGAUGGUACUAAUUCGAAAAGAAGGGGGCGAGAACCGUAUAGUGACAGUGAUAGUGAUGAUGACGACGAAGAUGAUGUGCCGUUCUCCUCAAAACAAAAUGACCCUUAUGCUAUGAAUCUCGAAGAGAGACAGGAAUGGAGGAGGAAAAUUCUGCAGGUUAUGGAUAAGAAACCUGAUAUUCAAGAGGUUGUAGAUACCGAUGAAAAGAAGAAGAUUCGGCAAAAGCUUAUUAAUGAUUACCAACUUGUUGUGGAAGAGGAGGAUCCUAAUUGGCCUCAAGAUGCUGAUGGUUGGGGUUUCAGUCUCGGCCAGUUUUUCAAUAAGAUUACUAUCCAAAACAAAAAGAAGGAAGUUGAUGAUGAUGACAAUGAUGAUGUUGAUGAUGAUAAGGAAGUAGUGUGGCAAGAUGACAACUACAUUCGUCCUAUCAAAGACAUUAAGACUACGGAAUGGGAGGAAACCGUGUUUAAAGACAUUAGUCCCUUGAUUAUUGUCGUGCACAAUCGGUAUAGAAGGUUUGUUCUACUUCUACAUUUAAUCUUUGCUAGCUUGUCAUACUAUUCUACAUUUUAUACCUUAGCCCUAUAUUUGCUUGAGUAA